AUGGCUCUGCUGAAGGUUCUGCUGCUACUGGGGCUGGGUGUUUCAGUGAUCUCAGAUGUUUCUCUGCAGAAGAGAAUUAUUGGAGGUUAUGACUGUCAUCACACGGAGCGUCUUUAUCAUGUUCGACUGGAGAGCAGCAAUGGUACUCAUAUGAGCCGCUGUGGAGGAUCUCUGAUCCACCCUCAGUGGAUCCUGACUGUAGCUCACUGCUGGAAGUCGGAGCCAAGAUGGACUAACAGAGCAGUGUUAAAAGUUCAUCCACAGACUGUUAUACAGUACAUACAGUCAAUCCAACAAGCUCCUGUGAUUUACGGCCCAGACCAUGACAUCAUUUUGCUGAAGUUUCAGACACCAGUAACAGAUGUCCCACUUCCUCGGCUACCAGACUGCAGGUAUCGUCUUAGUAGAGGCGAUGUUGUUCAGCUGGCAGGAGAGGGAGCAACAACAGCCGGCCCCAAUAAUCAGCGAUUAACCCCCGAUGCUGCUAUUCCACCACAUCUUCAAUGUGUCGACAUGGAAGUUGUUGUUGCUUCCCUCUCUAUGCCGUUAAGUGGGUCUAUAAUCCGUGUUAAAGCACCAAACAAGGAUAUCUGUUAUGGCGAUGUUGGUGGAGCAGCGAUGCUCGGCGACAAGAUUUAUGGUGUGAUUUCUUUUGGUGGAGCAGAUGCAUGUCAGAGACCUGCAACAAUCUUGGAUGUGUGUGAAUACAAGGAGUGGAUUAGAAGAAAAACUGGUCUUAAAUAAACUAUCAUGAAAUAAAAUU